GAGUCAGGACGCCGACGUGGGUCCUCUCAGUCUCUCAGCAAUGUCCCCGCCAGCUACAGAGAAGGUGCUCCGUGAGAUCGCCCAACAAGCGGUGGCGAUCUUUGCCGAUCACGGGCACGAUUGCUGCCUCUUCGGCAGCUUGGGUUGUGCGCUUUAUGGUACUACUCGAAGCCCCAGCGACGUGGACCUGAUCGUCCUCACCGACGAGGACGCAGAGAAGCUGAAAGAGAUCUUGGUAGAUGAAGACAGCAGCUUCUACCUCAAAUCGUCCGACAACGACCUUGUCAGAUGGAAGAUCCUCUGGUACACCCUCCCAUCAGCGCGUCGGGACUGCAAAGUUGACAUCCUCACCCCCGGCGGGAAGCUGAACCUCCCCCGCGUGCCGAACCGGCACAUCAAGCAUAAGCGCCAGCUCCCUGUGAUGCAGAUCCUCCCGCUUCUGUUGACGAAGCUUCGCGGGUGGACGGACCACCGGAAGUCUCGCAGGAGUGAUAAAUGGCGGAAGCUGCACAACGACGUGAAGGACAUCGACGACCUCCUUCCCAUCGCAUGCCGCACCGGCACGCACAUCAACAGCAGGAGGUUGCGCUGGCUGCGGAAAGGUUUUGUGGAUUUUGUGGCCGCUUCGCAGAGGCGCAUUUAUAAGUACGUUGAGGAGUAUCCAGACUCUGCGGGCUACUGGGAGAGGCUCGGCUUCGAUGCCUAUUCAGAUGAAUGCAAAUGUCCGAUUUGUUCGCGAUGCCACUAGAUUCUUUGGCAAGUCGUUUCUUGGAUACGGUUGCCAUAAUAUCUCGCAAUGUGGCCGAAGGAUAAUACUUCUCCUUAUAUCUGGUGGACAUUGUGGUCUGACUGGGUUCAGACUUCUGGUGUAUGUAAAACAGAACAUGUAUGAGUAAAAGUCUAUGGGCAUGACAGGGUAUGGUAUCUGGGUUUCUAUAGGGAAGCUAUGGUUAGGGCUCG